AUGAAGGUGAUUUUGUCUAAUUUGCAGUGCUUACUGCCGCGUUCUCAAGCCUUUCGUUGCUUGAGUGGUGUCGCCGAAAUAAAUCGCAUAUUGCAGAAGGAACCUCCAAAGUUCGAGCUUGUACCCUUUAAAAAAGAAGAUAUGAACGUUAUAAUGUCUGAGGUGCCAGAUUUCAAGUACUAUUACAUUGGAAAUAGUGAUAGUAAAGAAAAUCCCUACAUGAAUGUGCCUUUAACUACCGGUAUUUAUGUUAAAGGCUCAGAAGGUAAGUACAAGCCUGUGGACCAAGAUAUCAAAUUUGCAAAAUUGGAGAACGGAUUAAGAAUAGCAUGCAUAGAUCGCGGAGGCAUCGAUACUAUGCUAGGCUUGUACGUGAAUGCUGGAAGUCGCUUCGAAACUUCAUCAGAAGCUGGAGUGAGUUCAAUGAUAGAAAAUAUGGCAUUUCACUCAACUGCACAUUUAUCCCAUCUAAGAACUAUAAAGACUGUUGAGACACUUGGUGGAAAUAUAAGUUGCAAUGCAUUUCGUGAACACAUGGCAUACCAUGCUGAAGGCUUAAGAUCUGAUAUGCCAAUACUUUUGAACAUACUCAUUGGCAACGUCUUAUUCCCACGCUUCUUACCUUGGGAACUCAAGUCCAACAAAGAACGCCUAGAUUCACGUAGGAAACAGAUUCAUGAUAGUCCAGAUUCGCUAGUAACUGAAGAGUUACACUCUGUCGCUUGGCAUAAUAAUACUCUGGGCUUACAUAACUAUUGCCCUGAAUCUUCGGUUGCAAAUUAUUCUCCAGAUCUUAUGCGUGAGUUUAUGCUCAAGCACUUUUCCCCCGACAAAACUGUAAUUGUUGGAAUCAAUGUUGAUAUGAAAGAGUUAUCCAAGUGGACAAUGAGGGCAUUCGCUGAAUAUAACUCAAUCCCUAACUCUGUGCGUGAGAUCGAAACACCAGUUUAUACUGGGGGUAUACGUUACAUCGAGGGCCUCACCCCCCUUGUUCAUAUUGCAGUUGGAUAUGAGGUCAAGUCUGGCUGGAAUUCGUCCGAUCUGGUUGUGCUUACUGUUUUGCAAUCGUUGUUGGGUGGAGGUGGAUCGUUCUCUACGGGUGGGCCUGGAAAGGGUAUGCACAGCAGACUCUUCCUGAAUGUGCUCAACAAAUACGAAUGGAUUGAAAAUUGUAUGGCCUUUAAUACUAUUCACUCUGACACUGGAAUAUUUGGACUUUAUAUGGUGGCUGAUCCAAGAUACUCCCGUAAUGUCUUUGAAAUAAUAUCGAAAGAACUUAGGGGUAUUCAAAAGAUUUCGGAAAAAGAAGUAGAAAGGGCUAAAAAUACGCUGAAAUCAUUUUUGCAUAUGUCAAUCGAACACAAGGGAAUAGUUAUAGAGGAUGUUGCAAGGCAGUUGCUCUUUUGUAAUAGAGUAUUAACUCCAUCAGAACUUGAGAGUGCAAUAGAUGCUGUAACUGUGGAUCAUGUUAAAGAUGCGGCCCGUAGAUUAAUUACGAAAUCACAACCCUCAGUAGUUGCAUAUGGCAAUAUAAAUCACCUUCCACACCAUGGUGAUGUUUUAUCAAUUCUAAGCAAUUGA